AUGGCGUCUCGGCUUGACCGACUCGUUACCAUCCUCGAAACCGGCAGCACCCGAUUGAUUCGGGAUACAGCUGUCAACCAGCUUGCUGACUGGCAGAAGCAGCACCCCGAAGAACUCUUCAACCUGCUGACGAGGGUCGUCCCAUACCUCCGGCACAAGGAAUGGGAAACCAGGAACACUGCUGCCAAAGCGAUAGGGAAGAUCGUCGAGAACGCGCCGCUCUAUGACCCUAAUUUCGACGAUAAGUCCCCCCCGGCAGACCCGGCUGGCGAAAAUGGCUUUGUCAAGAAGGAGGAGCAAAAAGAUCUUGCCUUUGACCAUGAUGAGCUCUUCAAGCUCGACACCCUUGACGUCACAGCCAUCCUCAGGUAUGGGCGGCCGUUGCUCCGUGGCGGCCCGGUGGACUUUGGACUCGCUUCCCUAGACCCACAGAAGCGGCUCGCCCAUCAGAAGAAGACACUGAACGGCAGGCUUGGGCUUCUUGGUCGAGUCUUUGACGACGACGAGAUGCCAGUUAUCAGCGAUCAUGCCAACAGUCCGGGAACUCCGCACGAAAGUGCAAACGGCUUUGGACGACAGGACAGCAUUGCCAACGACGGCCAGAGCCAAAAUCAGGACGAGAGUAAGUUGAGCACGCGACAACUCAACGUUCUCAAGAGGAAGCGAAAGCGGGAGGCUCAGAAGGCCGCCCAGGGAAAGAGCGGGUUCGGCGAUCUGACCCUCCGGCGGACGACAACGGCAGGUUCCGACGGAUUCGCCGACGACGCACCCAUGCCGGAUGCCGACUCGAAGAAGAACGGAAAGAUGUCGGAUUACUUCAGCCUCGACAGACCCGCCGAUGUGGACGAGGACACCAAGGUUGUGUCCGAAUUUAAAGGACCCCUCCUCCCCAUCAAAUCGGAGCUCGAGGCCGACGAGAACCUGGAAGGUGCCGAAUGGCCGUACGAGCGCCUCUGCGAUUUCCUCAAAAUUGAUCUCUUCGAUCCCCAGUGGGAGACUCGCCACGGCGCCGCCAUGGGCUUGAGAGAAAUCAUCCGAGUCCACGGCGCGGGUGCCGGAAGGCGCAGGGACAAGUCGCGCAGCGAGAACAACGAGCUCAACCGCCAAUGGUUAGAUGACCUGGCAUGCCGCCUCUGCUGCGUGCUCAUGCUCGACAAGUUCACCGACUACAGCUCCGACACAUCGGUAGCCCCCAUUAGAGAGACGGUUGGGCAAACCCUUGGAUCGGUCCUCCGUCACAUCCCAGCGCAGUCGGUUUAUGCCGUCUACCGCUUGCUGUACCGGAUGGUGAUGCAAGAAGAUCUGCAAUUGGAUCAUAAUGUCUGGGCCGUCUGCCAUGGAGGCAUGGUGGGCUUGAGGUAUGUCGUUGCUGUGCGUAAGGACCUUCUUCUCCAAGAUGGAGACAUGAUCGACGGUGUUAUCCGUUCCGUCAUGAAAGGCCUUGGCGACAUUGACGACGAUGUCCGCUCGGUUAGUGCGGCAACCCUGAUCCCGAUGGCCAAGGAAUUUGUCAUGAUGCGCCGAGGAGCACUCGAGGGCCUCAUCAACAUCGUGUGGGAGAGUCUUUCCAACCUGGGCGACGACCUGAGCGCCUCGACUGGCAAGAUCAUGGACUUGCUUGCCACCCUUUGCAGCUUCCCUGAAGUCUUGGAAGCGAUGAAGCUUUCAGCUUCCCAAGAUGAGGAGAGGUCGUUUACUCUCCUUGUUCCUCGGCUCUACCCCUUCCUCCGCCACACCAUCACUUCGGUGCGGCUUGCCGUAUUGAAAGCCUUGAUGACUUUUGCGAAUCUUGACGGCGAUGCGUCCAAGGGUUGGCUCAAGGGGAGGCUAUUGCGCCUCGUCUUCCAGAACGUUGUGGUGGAGAGGGAUCAGGAGACUCUCGCCAUGUCGCUCGAGUUGUGGGCGGCGCUUGUGCGUAACCUCGCCAAGCAUCCAGCCGUUUUGGCGGAUGAGUUCGAGGCGCAUGUAGAACCGCUCAUGCAGCUGGCACUCCAUCCCAUCGGUGUCCCACGUCACCCCAUCCCCAUGAACGGAGCUCUUUUCCAAAAGCCGUCUGGUGGCACGUAUUUGUUACCUGGCGCUGCUCCCCACACGAGCAGGCGGUCGUCGCCUCCCGAAGGAGAGAGGGCUACCAAGCGGCGCAGGAAGUCGACCAAGGUCGACGAGGUUCCGGCUGCUACCCACAGUCACGAUGUGGAUGGCCAUAUGAUGCAGGGCGAUGUGGACCUGGUGGGCAUGGACGUUUUGGUCCGCUCGCGUGUCUCGGCGGCCAAGGCUAUGGGCCUCAUCAUGUCCCUGAUCCCGCCUUCCAGCCUCGCGACGUACGACAGCUGCAUCAUGCAGGCUCUUAGUUCCCCAUUCGCAUCGACCCAGCUUGCCGCUGCCAUGGUCAUUGACGAAUACGCCAAAAAUUGCGGGACGAGCGAGACCGCCGCGCGUUUCAUUGAACCCUUGCAGAUGAUCAUUGACCAGGACCGGCCGUCGCACUAUAGGGACUUGGUGAGCUACGUUCAGCGGGUUCGCUCCCAGUCGCAGCAGCUCGUCAACCUGUUCCGCGACCACGGCAAGGUCUCCCCCAGCAAAUUGCCGAGUCUCGCUGUCGUGUGUCAAGGCGAGCCAGAAGCUGGCCCUGGUGCAUUUUCCAUCGCGAACGCCGAGAAGAUUGUGGGGGAUGACUUUGACAGGCUCAAAAAGGCCAUGGUGCCUGGUCAGCGACUGAUCGUCCUUCCGCAGCUCAAUGAAGCUCGUGAAGUGACAGUGGCCGUGAUUGAGGAAGCAAAGGCAGCCAAGGAAGCUCGGGAUGCCCGCAUUCGGGCUGCGGCCGCUUGCGCCUUGAUUGCCAUGAAAGUCCUUCCCAAGAAGCCGAGCCCUCUCAUCAAGGCCAUCAUGGACAGCAUUAAAACGGAGGAGAAUCAAGAGCUGCAAGGCCGCUCGGCGGCGACAAUAGCACGUCUGGUGCAGCUCUUCACCGACUCCGGCCGGCGUGGUCCGGCCGAUAAGGUGGUAUCGAACUUAGUAAAGUUCUCAUGUGUCGAAGUUGCGGAAACACCCGAGUUUCCCAGCCACGCACACAAGACCAACGUUAUCCUCUCGAUGCAGAAGGAGGAGGACCGCGUUGACCACCCCGACGCCGCUAAGUUCGCACGGGAGGCGAGGGCGGCCCGCAUCACCCGCCGUGGUGCCAAAGAAGCGCUCGAGAUACUCUCGCAGACGUUUGGCGCCGAGCUUCUUGCCCGUGUCCCAAGUUUGCAGACAUUCAUGGAGGAACCUCUUGUGAAGGCCUUUUCGGGCGAGCUGCCGGCUGAAGCUAGGGAUCCGGAGAACACGUUCGGCCAGGAAAUCGUCGACGCUCUUUCGGUUAUCCGGACAAUGGUUCCUACUUUGCAUUCCGCUCUUCAUCCUUUCGUCAUGCGCCAAGUGCCUCUGGUCAUCCAGGCUCUGCGAUCCGACCUGUCGGUCUUCCGCUACAUGGCGGCUAAGUGCAUGGCGACCAUUUGCAGCGUCAUCACUGUCGACGCCAUGACUGCGCUGGUGGAGAAGGUCCUCCCGUCCAUCAACAACCCUCUCGAUCUCAGCUUCCGGCAGGGCGCCAUUGAAGUCAUCUACCACCUCAUUGCUGUCAUGGGCGAUGCCAUCCUCCCCUACGUCAUUUUUCUGAUUGUCCCAGUACUCGGCCGAAUGAGCGACUCGGACAAUCAGAUUCGGCUAAUUGCUACCACGUCUUUCGCUACUUUAGUGAAGCUCGUCCCGCUCGAGGCUGGUAUCCCUGACCCGCCAGGCUUGUCGGAGGAGCUGCUGAAGGGCCGCGACCGAGAGCGCACGUUCAUCGCUCAGCUCUUGGACCCGAAGAAGGUCGAGCCGUUCCAGAUUCCCGUCUCCAUCAAAGCUGAACUCCGCUCGUACCAGCAAGAGGGUGUCAACUGGCUCCACUUCCUCAACAAAUACCACCUGCACGGCAUCCUUUGUGAUGACAUGGGUCUGGGCAAGACUCUACAGACGAUAUGCAUCGUGGCAAGCGAUCAUCACCAGCGGGCUGAAGAAUUUGCCAAGACGGGCGCGCCCGAUGUCAGAAGGCUCCCCUCUCUGAUUGUCUGCCCCCCGACACUCUCCGGGCAUUGGCAGCAGGAGAUCAAGACGUACGCUCCGUUCCUCAGCGUUACGGCGUAUGUGGGUCCUCCCGCCGAGCGCAAAGCCGUGCGGGAUGCGCUGGACAAGACCGACAUUGUCAUCACGUCGUACGACGUCUGCAGAAAUGACAUUGAGGUCAUUGAGAAGUACAACUGGAACUACGUUGUUCUCGACGAGGGUCAUUUGAUCAAGAACCCGAAGGCCAAGAUCACAAUGGCGGUCAAGAGACUGGCCAGCAAUCACCGGCUGAUUUUAACCGGCACGCCGAUCCAGAACAACGUUUUGGAGUUAUGGUCCCUCUUCGACUUCCUGAUGCCGGGCUUCUUAGGUGCCGAGAAAGUCUUCCUUGACCGGUUUGCCAAGCCAAUCGCAAACAGUCGGUAUAGCAAGGCGUCGUCAAAGGAGCAAGAAGCCGGGGCGCUAGCCAUCGAGGCGCUGCACAAGCAGGUUUUGCCGUUCCUCCUCCGGCGUCUCAAGGAAGAAGUGCUGGACGAUCUGCCGCCCAAGAUCCUGCAGAACUACUACUGCGAUCUCAGCGACCUGCAGCUCAAGCUCUUCGAGGACUUUACCAAGCGAGAGGGCAAGAAGCUGUCUGAGGAAGCCGGUAAAGACGACAAGGAAGCCAAGCAGCACAUUUUCCAAGCGCUGCAGUACAUGCGCAAGCUCUGCAACUCGCCGGCUCUCGUCAUGAAACCAGGCCACAAGGCAUACGAAGACACGCAGAAAUUCCUGGCCAAGCAGAACACCAGCCUUGAGGAUCCGGCACACGCGCCGAAGCUGACGGCUCUCCGGGAUCUCCUCGUCGACUGCGGCAUUGGCAUCGAAGGCCAAGAUUCGUCAGACCCGCUAUACACGCCCAUCAAACCGCACCGGGCGCUCGUAUUUUGCCAGAUGAAGGAGAUGCUCGACAUGGUGCAGAACACGGUGCUUAAGAGCAUGCUCCCGUCGGUGCAGUACCUGCGCUUGGACGGGUCGGUCGAGGCCAACCGGCGCCAGGACAUCGUCAACAAGUUCAACAGCGACCCGUCAUACGACGUGCUGCUCCUGACGACGAGCGUCGGCGGUCUGGGCCUGAACCUGACGGGCGCCGACACGGUCAUCUUUGUCGAGCACGACUGGAACCCGCAAAGGGACCUGCAGGCCAUGGAUCGUGCGCACCGCAUCGGGCAGAAGAAGGUGGUCAACGUGUACCGGCUCAUCACGCGCGGCACGCUCGAGGAGAAGAUUUUGAGUCUGCAGCGCUUCAAGAUUGACGUCGCCAGCACUGUGGUUAACCAGCAGAACGCGGGGCUGGCUACCAUGGACACGGAUCAGAUUCUGGAUCUGUUCAACCUCGGCGAAUCGGGCCCGAGUCUCAUUUCGGACAACAAGGGCAAAGAAAACCUCGAGGGCCGCGAGGAGGACAUGGUGGAUAUCGAGACGGGCGAUGUCAGGCAGCCGGGCAAGAAGGCGGCUUGGCUGGAGGGCCUGGGCGAGCUAUGGGAUAACACGCAGUAUGAGGAGAGUUUUGAUCUGGAUGGGUUCUUGAAGACGAUGCAGUAG